CCGGUUAAGACAUACUGUAGGCACAUCCAAAACAAAGUCGCCUUGCUUGCUGUUUUGUACACUGUAGCAGACCGCGUGACUCUUCAAGGUUCUCUGGCCUUUGCACUAUAAAAUGAGCGCUCCAGGAACUUCUUGGAAGCUAUCCAACUGGUUUACCAAGAAGCAGCCCGCAGAAGCCCCUGCUGCCACGCAAACGCCCGCACCUGCAGCAGAAAAUGGUCACGCAGAGAAGGCAACCAAGCACAGGAAAACGAACUCAAUGCCCGUGGAGAUGGAGCUAGGGACAAUUGUCCGGCCUCGGGAAGCUGUGCGUGCCGACGAGGACGCGGCUCGCGACCAAUGAGCAUCACCGGACCAGGGAGUGGCACUAACGGCCUUCCGCGUGGUGAGGAUGGCUACCAGGAGACUUGCUUACCGAGGUCAGAGAGGUGGGGCUUCUAUGGUAUGGAGGCAGCGGCACGCACAGGCGUACUCUCCAGGGGAUGGAAACUGGUGUGCUUGGGGAUGGGCAUCACGAGUGGGCACUGGUUCAAAUAACUCAAGGGCGCACAGGAUGUUGACGUAAUGGAGGGGGUAUGUCGGCGCAUUGUAGCACAUGCCUUCUCGCCUGUGACAGGCUGCCAAAAGUCCUCCCCGUGCCCCAUGCCCGUAUGCACCUGCAUCGUCUGUAUAAGCAAACCCUCGAAAGUUCUGGCGAAGUGUGUGUGUGUGUGUGUGUGUGUGUGUGUGUGUGUGUGUGUGUGUGUGUGUGUGUGUGUGUGUGUGUGUGUGUGUGUGUGUGUGUGUGUAUGUCCUUGCUGUACUAUAUUGUAAUGAACCUAGAGCCAUGUGCAUGGGCACAUCAUGAGUCGUGCAUGGAAAUAGGCUGUUUUGCGUGUAUCUGGCGCGGCAGAGCCGCCGUGCUGCUGCGUCAGCCCAGGAGCAUGUUGGGUAGGCUGAUUCACACGCAGGCAUGACUGCCCAGAAGAACCGGACCGGACAACAUUUCGAACAAGUGGGCAAACUCAUUUGACGUGAUGUGUGGAGCGUGAGUCAAGCUUGAGCCUUUCAUGUGACGUGCAGCGUGUGUGUAGCUGCAUAUACGGACCCAACGCCUCGAGAGCGGGACACAAGGAGACAACCGUGUGCGCGAAGGUACAUUUAUGGGGGUGAGGGUUCGGGGUUGUCAGAUACAUCUCCGUCUCUUCUGAGGCUAUGUCUUGGGUAAAAGAGAUGAGAUUGAUGUGUUGAGGCGAUGUGGGAUUGGAGCUGUGCUGUGCACAGAAAAGCGGCUGCGGAGACAUGCCAAGUGGCACAUGGGUCAGUGCUGUGCCACGCUCUAGUUGGUGUACGCCAAAGUCACGGCAAUGUCGAAGGCGGGCAAAUUUCAAACAAGAAGGCGAAUGAGAAACUUGUAGUAGCGGGUGGUCUUUGCUCGUGCUGCAGUGUCCGAAGGGGACUGCCAGGUGGGAUGCGUGCCCUGACCAAGGUGCUGAUGCGCUCGAAGUUGAAGGUCUGUGCAUGCCCUCAUACUUGAUGAAAGGAGUUGCGACGUAUCUACUAUCAGGAGUAGACCCAAACCUGAUCGGAUUCGGGAACUCAGGGAACGGAAAAGGGAGGAGCAAGGGGCUCUGAGUCUGAGUCACC